AUGGUUCUGAUGAGCACGCCGCCGCCAGUCUACGGAUCCAGCCGCAAGACUUCUCAGGAAAAGAAACGUCGCGACGAGAUAAACGCAAAGAUCAAGGAGCUUCAGCAGCUCAUUCAACAGGACUCUGAUCACGAGAAAAUGACGUGCGUUUACUUAUUUCUUCCUUUUUUUUAUAGAAAUGAUAUAUUUCAGGCAGGGAGACGUUCUGAUGCGAGCCGUCGAACUGGUGAAUCGGAUGGAAUCGGAGUCGCCGGACCUUCCGUCAAUCCCAAUCGCAAAGGAUUCUAUGACGGAUUCGCUAAGAUUGAAUCACAAACUUACUCGUUCAUCAGAAGCCUGGGAGUUAACGCAGAAGUGUGCCAAGACUUUAUCCAGAGAGCGAAAGAGUGCUUCGAGAAGGAGAGAUCGUCGCUCGUUGUCUCCUCGACUCCGCAGACUUCUCCGCAUGGAAGGAUGAAGAGCAAAGAUGGGCUCGACACCGAAAGAGCGUCCUCUUCGUCCUCGCCGUCGAAUUCGGAAGCCGGACAUCAUCUAGACAGGAAGGAGGUGAAGAAGAACAGAGAACAGGACAGAAGGGACCGGCAGGGAGAGGCGUUCGAGGCACUCAAACACUUUAUCAUUGCCAACAAACUGAUGACGUCUCAGCAAGUGUAAGUAGAAAUGGCCUAUUUGAACAGUCUGAAAUUGAACAUUAAUCUAUUUUAGGGAAAAGAUGCAGCGUCUGAAUACCCUGGAUAUCAUAAUUAGUUACAUUCGGAACAAGAAGAACAACUUUGUGAGCCGAAGUGGACAGGAGCAGACACUGUACAACCACGCGUUGGCUGAAGGAAAGAAGACUGGAAGACUGACGGCAUUCUCCUUCUUCAAGGUAAAAAUGAAAGAAGGUUCCCUUCCCUAAACAUGAAUCCUUUUCAGAGUGACCGGCAUCUGGUUGUCCGAUGCUCGGACCUUGAGAAGUUCCUCGAGUUCUCCAACAACCCGAAGCCCCUGCUCGGCUUCCCCCGUCUGCCGUCAAUCACUCCUCCGACGGCUCUCCAGCUGCCGAUCUCUCCGUUCCCGAUGGCUCCGAUGUUCCCGUUCCGCCCGUUCCCGCUCUUCCCGCUGGUGGUCCCGACUCCUCCGUCACAGCAGUCGCCCGCCUACUCCCUGGAUUCUCCUCCUCCCUCUUCGGACACUUCUUCCUCUUCCCUCGAAUCGUCCUCGACGCCCAACGAGAACAGCAACACUCCGUGCACGAAGAAGCUCUUCCGACCGUGGGAAUGA